AUGAAUAAGAAUUCAGUUGGUCAUAUGAAGUGUCAACCACCCUCAGUCACUGCUACUGCUGCUGCUGUUGAAGUUGUCCUCAAUUCAUCAAACACAUCAGAAGAGGAUGUGCAAGAGGUACCCACUCCUCUUGUUGAGGAUCAUUUGAAGAGGAGGGUAAACGACGCUACCGAACUCAAAAAUGAAAAUGCUCCUGAGAAAUUAAAAGAAAAACACUUAGUGGAAGUGAGAAAAGAAAGACAUUAUCAUGAUGACGGAGAAGGAAACUUAUUGUUUCAAAAAAGUUCAUCUUUAAAAGUGGAAACUUCAAUCUGUGUUGGCAAUUACUCUCAAAAUCAAAACGACUUAAAAAUAAUUGAGAAUGAUAAGAGGAUACAUUCUGACAGUAAUUCUUUGCUUGACAUUGAAUUGAAAACUAUAACAACUUCAUCCAGUAAUAAGAAAAGAAAAUUGAAUGAGGAUAAACAUAAAGUAUGCCUUGUUGAAAGUUGUUCAUACUUUGGUAAACCCAAUCCUUUGAUUAGCUUGGAUAAAGUUGAUUCCACAAAUGACAAUUCUGAGAAAAAUGAUAAAAUAAACGAUGAAAUAAAUGACAAAAAUGGAAAAGGCAGUGGGAUGGAAGAGGAUGAGGAUGCUUUUUCUAAACCAUCUGCUUCAAAAAGAAUAAAAUUAGAUGGAGAUGAUGACUUACUCUCAAUACAGAGGAUAAAUGACUUCAAUAAAAUUGAUGAAAAACAGGUUGAUGACGUUAAUAUUAAUAAUUUAACUGUCACUGAUGAUAAUGCAAGCAGCUCAAAGCAUAAUGUGAAAGGAGACAUUCAGCAUCCGAUUCUCAACAGUGCAUCUUUGUGUGAACUCAUCACCGAUGGUGAAGUUGGAGUGAUAAGUGUCACCGGCAACAAGAAAUGCAACAAAAAAUAUGAAUCCAACAGUGAUAUUGUUCAAAUAUCAUCUUCCGAUGAUGAGGACGAUGAAGAAGAAGAUGAUGAUGAGGAUGAUGAUGGUGAAGAUGAAGAAGAAGAUGAUGAUGAUGAGGGGGAUGAUGAUGAAGAAAUAGUAGCAAAUGAUGAGGAAGAUGUCUUAUGCUCAUACUCACCAAAAACAUCAUUGUUACCUGCCCUUGCACUGCCCAUCACAUCGACAACCUCAACGUUGAUGACCACAAAGCACGUGCACGUCAGUGGCUCCUGUCAUGAAUGCUAUAUGAUCGAGAUGAAGAUCGUGGACCUGAAGAUUAAUGCCAUCAAAACGGGCACAACGCAAUGCAUCUUCAGUGAAAGUUGUCUGCUCUUGAAAAACUCACUGAGAAAUCUUCUUGGUGAUGCAGCUCCCACAGUGACACCAAUCCACGCCUCAUGUUUGGAGUCGAGCAACUGGACGCCUCUGUACGGUGGCAGCCUCAUUCACAUGACUCUCAAUUUGACUGGCUGUCAUGGAAACAUGGUGGAAUUCUUUGGAAUUUCAAGACAGCUAUUUGAUAGAUACAUAGCUGGCAAGUUUCCCGCGACAACCCUGCAGUUGUACUUUGAGGAGCAUUCCAUGAGGCCAACCUUGCAACAGGAUUUUGAAAAAUUUUUUCGGUCCUCGUACUACGUGUACAACAACUUUGGUAACAAUGCUUACGAUGUGCUCUACCCUCCUGCUGAGUACAACAACAUGAACAACUCUGUCAGUCAUGUCAAUACCAUGUAUCAGCAGCAACAAAUGAGCCAGUAUAAUAGUCUUAUCAACGAUGCAUUCGUUUCAAGGCAAGAUGUCAGUCAGCAGUCAAAAGAGACAUUAAAGCAUGACGAUCCUUAUGAUAAGAAUGUGACUAAGCCUCAAAAAGCUCAGAGAUUGAAAGCGAAAUCAUUGAGUUUGUUCCACUUUGAAAUUCACAGAUCAGACAAGACGGCUGGAAACAAGUUCACAUUUUACAGACCACCCAAAUGGCCAUACUUGAAGAAAGUCAAAAACUUUACUCCAAUCAGUUCUAGUUCUAAUGACAAAGAGAAAAUCAAACAAGUUUGCUGUGAUGAUUUGAAUGCAAGAAUGUCAUUUAGUGAGAGACAAAUUCAUGACAAUGGUAGUGUUAAGAAUAGCAAAGAGAUUUGGAACAGUCAUUAUCAGCAUAGCCAAAACAGCAACCAAAAUAGUAACAAUGAAAAUUCUUAUUUCAGUCAGCAACAAUUACAACAGUAUCAGCAUGAUAACCACUUUUCAUUGAACAACUACUCUUCAAGUUUCAACAACUACCCAACUAACCUGUUGAACCAAGCUAAUUACAAUUUUCAACAAAUGCAUCUCAACAACAGCAACAAUAACAAUCUCAUGUACCCGCAUCUAAAUCUUGCAGCCCAGAACUUCUUCCAACAACAACAGCUGUUUGGUCAAUGGCAAAACAAUGUUGAUUUCAAGUUGCAACAACAACACCAUCAGCAGCAACAACAACAUUUCUACCACAGCAAGUCACCGACCUAUGUACAGAGUGGAUUCACGGGAAAUAUUGUCAAGCUGUUCACGUACCGACCGGCCAAUUCGAAAGGAGGCAUCAACAUAACGAACGAGGACCUGUACUGCCUCAAUGAUGGAGAGUACCUGAAUGACGUCAUCAUUGAUUUCUACCUCAAGUUUGUUCCAGCUCUCCUGUUCAAUGACUCAUUUCAUUUCAUAACUACUAAAAUACUUUUAAAAUAG